CAUAAACAUGUAAUGACAUCACUAACAGAGAACCGUUCAGUUGUUGACCUCCAGCCUGAGGCUUUACGAUAAGCGUAAUGUAAACAAUAAUGUCCGAGAAGAAGAAAAUUAAAAAGAAACCGAAGAUGCACCGCGCCUACCAACCCGUCACCCCUGCCAAUAACAUAUACUUGAAACAGAGAUGGGAUCAGGAUAUAUUUUUUACUCACAGACGGAAGGUCGAGGCGGCCAAAGCUGUGAUAGACAACAAGCCUCCCAAAACAUACAUGCACCUGCACAUCAAGCUGAAGAAACUACAGAUGGAGGGCGAGCGUCUCGCCAUCGUGGAGCGGGACAACCGCAUUCUGCUGGAGAAGAUGGCGCAUAUCAUGAGGACCGGCGGCUUGGUCGACAACGUCAAGCGCGACUACACGCACAAGAGCUUGAACAAGACGAAGCGCCAGCGGGAACUGUUGCGGAUCACAUACGAGAAUAUGGCCAUAUUGAAGAGAAUCAACGCCAAGGAGCCGCACUAUAAUCACAUGAAGUGGGAGGCCGAGCAUCACUGUAACCAGUCCUACAUGAUGAAUGUAGCCAAGUACCGACAUCACUGGCGGAAGGAACAACAGUGUUACCGUAUCCGGAAACAUCAGCAAGAUGCGGCCAACAGGCGAAUCAAGGACCAGGUGCUGAUCCCUGACAAGACCUCACCCAAAGACUCGCUGCCUCCCUUACAGUCUAAGUAGAGGCCAACGUAGAGUAUUUAUGGCAUGGCGUCAUGUCCUUUCGCACAUAUUUAUAUUUUUACAGAAUUUAUUUGCUAGUACAGCUUUAUAGCCCUAACUGUAUUCAUUGUAUUUAUUUUAUAGUUGUGGGUAAGUGGAAGUGUCUUCUGGGAGUGUAAUAAAAUGUAACGUGGAAA